AUGGAGCCGCGGCCGGAGCGCAUAACGCGGGGGCGUAUGUACACCCCGCUGCGGCAGGUGUCUCCAGGGGACGAGGAGGACUUGGAGUUGCUGUCGCGGGAGUACCCGUCGACAGCAGCAGCAGCAGCAGCAGCAGCAGCAGCAGCAGCGGACCCGCGCAGCCUGCCGUCGAAGGACGCCGCAGCAGCAGCCAUUCUGCACGCCACCCACCACGGAGACAGUCUCCGGGGGGCCCUCGAAGUGGAGACUCCCCUGGACUCCCAGGGGUCUCGGCGGGACUCGGGGCCCCUGCGGAGUUUGGGGACGACUGUGGGGCCCCCCGCGUUCACAGCAGCAGCAGCAGCAGCAGCAGCAGCAGCGCGGGGCCGCCGCUCGGCGUCGCUGUCGGAGAGCGUGCGGGGGCCCCCCCCCGAGGAGGGGGGCCCCCCCAGCGACUGGCGGGGGGCCCCCCCCCCGGGGGGGGGGCCCCCCCCAGCGACUGGCGGGGGCCCCCCGGGGGCCCCCCGGGGGGCCCCCCCGGGGGCCCCCCCGAGCCGGGGCCCCUGCAGCCGCAGGGGCAGCUGGGGACGGACUUCAUGCGAAACGUGCCGCAAGUGCCGGGGAUCCCGCAGAACUGCGGGGGGCAGCACUUUGUUCAGCCUGUUGGGGCUGCUGCUGUUCCUGCUGCUGUGCUGCAGCAGCGUGCUGCAGUGGUGGAAAGAAGCAGUUUUUGCAGAAGAGGUGACCCUGGAGCCGGAAAAGGAUGUCAGUCUGAACCUUAAGAACUGCGGGGUGGCCUUCAGGGCCUCGGGGGGCCCCCGGAGCUUCCUGCGGGUGCGGGCCUGGCUGCAGGAGCGCGCAGCGAGCCAGGCGGGGGCCCCCGUGCUGCGGAGGGGCCCCCAGGGGCAGCUGCAGGUGCUGCUGCACAUGGGGAACUUCGACCCGUGGCACAAGUGCUCCGUGGACUUCUUCCUGGCCCCUGGCUUUCGCUUCGGGGCCCUCGCGCUGCUCUUCGCCCCCGCAGACCGCUACAUCUCCGUUUCCGCACAAGUCCCCCUCAGGGGGGCCUCCGUCUUCGUGGAGGCUUUCCACGCCUAUGUGCAGCUUCGCUCUGUGGAGGCCCGGGCCAUGAGCUUCACUCUGAGUGCGGGCCAUUUGUACUUGGAGUUAGACGGGCCUGCUGCGGCCUAUGGCCGCAGCCCCAUAGCCAUAGUGUCCCGCACAGCCCAAGUCCACGUGGUGUCGCAGUACCCGCUGAGUCUGGCCAUGAGCGCGGAGACCGCGGCCGCGAGCCUCUUCAGGGCCUCCGGCAGCGUCCGCGUCGCGCUCCCCAGCAGCAGCAGCAGCAGCAGCAGCAGCAGCAGCAGCAGCAGGGAGGCGCGGGCGCUGCUGCAGCCGGCGGACGUGGCCGCGCUCUUCGCGGGCCUCAUGAGCCUCCAGCUGGACAUAGACGCAGAAGAGUCUGCAGUCUAUGCCACCGCCAGGGGGGCCCACGAAGACCCCGAGUGGCCCAUGCACACCUGGGCCGGAGUGGACCAGCAGCGGAAGCCCCACCUGGACCACUACUCGCUGCUGCGGGUGCGCAGCGCGCUGCAGUGGCUGCGCGAAGACCCCGCGGCCCCCUGGAUCAUACGGGUGGACCAGGCUGGUCUGGACCACCCGGGCAGCUGGCGAGUCCUCAGCAGCAACGCCUACCUCCGCUCUGUUUACUGGUUCGUGCUGCUGUCGGGGGGGAUGCUGCAGCCGCGGGUGCUGCACCUCCCGCUGCAGACCCGCGGCCUCUUCUGCCGCGGCCACAUUGACCAGCAAGAUGAUGUUCUCCCAGACAUCAUCACUUCUUCCGAAGACUCGCUCCUCCAGUCCCUCCUUUCCUUCCUCUGGCCCACCCAAAACGUCAAGUCCAUCAGCCAGCGCCCCGGCCGCUUCCUCGAACCCGCAAACCCCCCGCAGGGGGGCCCCCAGGGGGGGCCCCAGGGGGGCCCCCAGGGGGGGCCCCAGGAAGGGGCCCCAAACAGCAGCGCGGACCCGCCCCACGCGCAACACGCAGCUGCAGCAGCUGCAGCAGCAGCAGCAGCAGCGGCAGCAGCGCCCGCAGCACUCGUGCCGCCCCCCACCGCCUACGCCGACGCGGACGCGCAGGGACCCGAUCCCGCAGCCCCAGUGAGUCCUCCUAACAUCUCCAAACCCUAA